UAUGGAGCAGAUCACGUGCGAUGCCUUGACACGAGCACUCGAGAAAAAUUUUCAAAGCAGAAGAACCUUUCAAAACCGCGUCAGAGGAAUCAAACAAAGCGGGCACGAGUCCGACUCAAAACUUUCGAAAUUUGUCUCCUCUCCUCAACCACCACCAGCGCCGCCGCCGCCGCCGCAGCAAUGGGCUCCUCUGAGGCGGCGCUCCUCCUCCUCCUCCUCCUCCUCCUCUGCUCCCUGCUCCCUCCCUCCACCCCGUUGGGCUUCAACUGCUCCAACUCCUCCUCCUCCGCCGCCGCCGCCACGUGCCUGUCCAUCGCCGGCUACGUGUCCCCGAACGCCACCACCCUCGCCGCCGUCCAAGCCCUCUUCGGCGUCAAGCACCUCCGCUCCAUCCUCGGCGCCAACAACCUCCCCCUCUCCACGCCCCCCAACGCCACCGUCGGCGCGCAGCAGACCGUCGCCGUCCCCUUCAACUGCUCCUGCUCCAACGGCACCGGCGUCUCCAACCGGCGCCCCGUGUACACUGUCCGGAGCGGCGACGGGCUGGACCACAUUGCCCGCGAGGUUUUCUCCAACCUGCUCGUCUAUCAGGACAUCCAGCAAGCGAACGGGCUCCCCAAUGCGAGCUUCAUCGUGGUGGGGCAGAAGCUGUGGGUCCCCUUGCCCUGCAGCUGCGACGACGUGGACGGCCAGGAGGUGGUCCACUACGCGCACGUCGUGGCCGCCGGGAGCUCCGUGGCGGCGAUCGCGACGGAGUUCAACGUGUCUCAGAGCACGCUGAUAGCCAUCAACGGGAUCGCGGACGUUCAGAGCCUUCAGGCCGGGCAGGUUCUUGAUGUUCCUCUCGAAGCUUGUGCAUCUGCAAUAAGGAAUGAUUCGCUGGACUCCUAUUUACGCGUUGCUAAUGGAAAUUAUGUCUUCACCGCUAACAAUUGUGUGAUGUGCACCUGUGAUGCAGCAAAUAACUGGACAUUACAUUGCCAGCCAUCCCAGCUUAAGCCGUCUAAUUGGUCGCUCUGCCCCUCAAUGCAAUGUGAGGGUUCAAAUUUAUACCUGGGCAACUCAACUUCGACAUCCUGUAACCGCACAACCUGUGCCUAUGCUGGUUAUACUAACCAGACUAUUUUGACAGCACUUGUCACCGAUACCACUUGUCCAGUUUCAAAUAGCUUCGCCAUGAAGGACAGUUUUCGGGCAUUUAGCUGGAACUUCUUCCUGAUUUUGAUCUUGCCCCUGCUCUCUUUCCAUCAUAUUCAGUGAGGACAUUUAUAUCAGAGACUGUUGCCCUCGAUGCUUACUUGUAUGCCUAUUGCCUUCGAUGCACGCCGGUAUGUCUGUAAGUGUUGCACAUGUCACAGAAAUGUCAGGUGCCUGUUUUAUCUUUGGGCGCUUCUGUUCCAUAAAAUUGUACCUUCCCACGUUCUGAUGGAAAAAUUCGAUUCUUCUUUUUUUGGGUUCCAUUCUUAGAUGGCUAGGAGUUUUAUUGUUUGCUAAGUUAGAUGGCUUGGAGUUGUGCAAUGUUGAAACUCUAUUAUGCCUUUGAGAAUUCGAUGUCGUUGUCGCCAAUGUGUCCAGACUCGCGAUUUUUUUCUUUAAUCAUUUUCUGCAAUAGCAACAUAUGCAAUUUUCCUCUUCAA